GAUAGAGAGAUGCUCCAACUUCAACAGUGCUCUCAUUAAAAAGAGCAGCUGGAGUCUGCAAACUGCAAAGCACCCAUGUUUUAUUUUUGCAGAUUUUCAACUUCCCAUUAAAGCAAAGUAUUCUGAAGCAGUGCACCAAACAAUAUAGGAGCAUUACUACUACUACUACUAGGACGAUAUGUACGCCCCACAAAAAGUGUUCUUUGUUUUCUUGAAUCCAAGUCACUAAAUCUCCGCACCGGAGAGAAUCUUACCAUAAUAGAGCAAAAAAAAACAUGGGUCUUAGAGUAGUAUUUGUGGGGAUUAUGUUUCUGGUUUCUUGGGUUUAUUGUGGGAAUGCUUCAGUCUCGUAUGAUAGGAAUGCUAUCAUUGUUAAUGGGCAGAGAAAGAUUCUCAUUUCUGGAUCCAUUCACUACCCAAGAAGCACUCCUGAGAUGUGGCCAGAUCUUAUUCAGAAAGCAAAAGAAGGAGGCUUGGAUGUGAUUCAGACCUAUGUUUUCUGGAAUGGGCAUGAACCUCAACCUGGCAAAUAUUAUUUUGAGGAAAGAUAUGAUCUUGUGAAAUUCGUUAAGUUGGUUCAAGAAGCUGGACUUUAUGUUCAUCUCAGAGUUGGACCUUAUGCUUGUGGUGAAUGGAACUUUGGUGGCUUUCCGGUUUGGCUGAAGUAUGUUCCAGGGAUAAGUUUUAGAACAGACAACGAACCUUUCAAGGUUGCAAUGAAGAAAUUCACAACCAUGGUUGUUAAUAUGAUGAAAGCAGAAAGGCUGUAUGAAUCUCAGGGUGGUCCUAUAAUCUUAUCCCAGAUUGAGAAUGAAUAUGGACCCAUGGAGUAUGAACUCGGUGCACCGGGUCGUGCUUAUGCCCAAUGGGCAGCGAAAAUGGCUCUAAACCUUGGAACGGGUGUCCCGUGGAUCAUGUGCAAGCAAGAUGAUGCCCCGGAUCCAAUUAUUAAUACUUGCAACGGUUUCUACUGUGACUACUUUACCCCUAAUAAGGCAUACAAACCAAAGAUUUGGACUGAAGCCUGGACAGCCUGGUUUACAGAGUAUGGCAGUCCAGUACCUCAUCGUCCAGUUGAGGAUUUGGCAUAUUCUGUUGCAAAGUUUAUAAUGAAAGGGGGAUCAUUCAUUAACUACUACAUGUAUCAUGGAGGCACAAACUUUGGCAGGACAUCCGGUGGUCCUUUUAUUACCACUAGCUAUGACUAUGAUGCUCCCCUCGAUGAAUUUGGAUUGCUGAGGGAACCUAAAUGGGGCCAUCUGAAAGAUCUGCAUAGAGCAAUAAAACUGUGUGAACCAGCCUUAGUAUCUGGGGAUCCAAUUAUAAAAUCUCUUGGAAAUUUUCAAGAGGCACGCAUCUUCAAAUCAAAGUCAGGAACUUGUGCUGCAUUCCUUGCAAACCAUGACGAGCAUUCAUUUGCUAAAGUGUCUUUUGGAAACAUGCACUACAAUUUACCCCCUUGGUCGGUCAGCAUUCUUCCUGACUGCAAGAACACCGUAUAUAAUACUGCUAGGGUUGGUGCUCAAAGCACACAAAUGAAGAUGACCUCAGCUGGUGGCCAAGGUUUAUCUUGGCAUUCGUAUAAUGAAGAGACAACAUCGUACGAUGACAAUGCAUUUACAGCUGUUGGGUUGUUGGAGCAGAUAAACACCACUAGAGAUGCUUCUGACUACUUGUGGUACAUGACAGAUGUCACAAUUGACUCAAGAGAGGGAUUCUUGAGAGACGGAAAGUGGCCUUGGCUUACUGUCUUCUCAGCGGGACACGCUUUGCAUGUUUACAUCAACGGUCAAUUAGUAGGAAGUGCCUAUGGAAGUUUAAAGAAUCCAAAAGUAACUUUCAGCCAAGCAGUGCAUAUGAGAGCUGGUGUUAAUAAAAUUUCAUUGCUAAGCAUUGCCGUUGGUCUUCCGAACAUAGGUCCUCAUUUUGAGACAUGGAACACUGGCAUUCUUGGCCCGGUUUCUCUUUCUGGUCUUAACGAGGGGAAGAGAGUUUUAACCUGGCAGAAAUGGUCUUACAAGAUUGGCCUCAAAGGAGAAGAAAUGAGGCUUCACUCACUCACUGGGAGCUCCUCAAUUGAAUGGAUUCAAGGCGCUUUUGUGGUUCAAAAACAGCCACUCACAUGGUAUAAGACUACUUUCAAUGCUCCGCCGGGGAAUGAACCUCUGGCAUUGGAUAUGAUCACUAUGGGCAAAGGUCAGGCAUGGAUAAACGGUCAAAGCAUCGGGCGAUAUUGGCCUGCAAACACAGCAUCUGGCAGCUGUGGUGCCUGUAAUUACGCUGGUUGGUAUGAUGAGAAUAAAUGCCUGAGUAACUGUGGCGAAGCUACACAAAGAUGGUACCAUGUUCCUCGGUCUUUCCUGCAGCCGACUGGGAAUUUGUUAGUUAUAUUUGAAGAAUGGGGAGGAAACCCGUACGGGAUCUCGCUGGUGAAACGCGAAGUUGAGAGUGUGUGUGCAGAUAUAUAUGAGUGGCAACCACAGUUAAUGAACUGGAAGAUGCAAUCAUCUGGUGAAGUCAACAAACCACUCAGGCCUAAAGCUCACCUCUCCUGUGGUCCUGGUCAGAAGAUCUCUUCAAUCAAAUUUGCUAGCUUUGGAACCCCCGAGGGGGUUUGUGGAAGCUUCCGCCAGGGAAGCUGCCACGCAUUUCGCUCCUACGAUAUUUUUCACAAGUACUGCAUUGGAUGGAACUUUUGCACGGUGCCUGUAACACCCGAAGCCUUUGGAGGAGAUCCAUGCCCAAAUGUGAUGAAGAAACUGUCUGUUGAGGUCGUGUGCAGUUAGUUAAUUGCCCGGAGAUUCAGUUAUUCAUUCAAACUCAUCAGACAUUCUUAUUGCAUCAAAGGAGAGGCCAUAAGUAUAUUUCCAUACUCUUAUCAUUCUUUUUAACUUGGCUAAGCAACACAUCAAUUUGCCUUGCCUCUAUACACACAUACACACCUGCAGAAAGAGAUUCUUUGAAUGGAUUGUUUGGACGCGCGCAUUGCCCGAAGGAGUCCAUAUGAAGAAAAAAAUGUAAUUACAAGGUUUUACUGUUUUCAGAAUUUCUGAAUACUCGGUGGAGCAUGCGGUGUAAUGCAGCGUCGAGAUGUUGCCACCUCAUGAAGUGGUUGCAUCUUGAUGCUCCUUUGUGCUAGCUAGCGGGCUCACAAUGGAACACGCUAGUGAGAAUUGUUUUUAGAAUUUCUGAUUUAUGUACUCUAUUACCAACUUAAUUACCAUGUAUGUAUGUUAAUUAAUUAAUGUGUUGAGU